AUGGGAAAGGUAAGCCUACCAAUUAUCUUCUACGAGGACAAGAACUUUCAGGGCCGUUGCUAUGAGUGCAGCAGCGAUUGUGCUGACCUAUACUCCCAUAUCAACUGCUGCAACUCCAUUCAAGUAGAAAGUUGCUACUGGAUGGUGUAUGAACGGCCAAACUUUAUGGGUUACCAGUACUUUCUCCAGAUAGGGGAAUACCCCGAAUAUCAACGGUGGAUGGGUUUUAAUGACUGCAUCAGAUCCUGUCGUAUGAUACCUCAGCAUCAAGGGUCUCAUAGAAUGAGGAUCUAUCAGCGUUCUGACUUUGGUGGACAGACAAUGGAGUUUACUGAUGACUGUCCAUCUGUAUAUGAUCACUUCCACUUCAAUGACAUCUAUUCCUGUAAUGUGCUUGAUGGAUACUGGCUGUUCUAUGAGCAUCCCAAUUAUAGAGGCAGACAGUUUCUGCUGAGACCUGGUGAAUACAGGAGAUACAGUGACUGGGGUGCCAUCACCCCAAGGAUUGGUUCCAUCAAGCGCAUUAUCUUCUCAAACUGA